AUGCUGACUUCGAGAACUCAAAACACUUCUCUGAACUCAAUGUCUCCUAACUGGAAAUCCCUCUUCUUCCUCCUCCUUCUACAACUCUUCAAAUUAUGCUUCAGCAAAUCCCAGCCAUUCACAUCAUCAUCAUCAAAUUCAGACCUUCAAUUCCCAUGCAAGCCACCCCACUACAGCUCCUACCCUUUUUGCAACACCUCCCUCCCAAUCACAACCAGAGCUCAGUCCCUAAUUUCCCUCCUUACCCUCCGGGAAAAAAUCCAACAGCUCUCAAACAAUGCCUCUGCAAUUCCAAGACUUGGCAUCCCACCCUAUGAAUGGUGGUCUGAGUCACUCCAUGGCAUAGCCACCAAUGGCCCUGGUGUCUCCUUCAAUGGCACCAUCCCUUCAGCCACAAGCUUCCCACAAGUGAUUGUCACUGCAGCUGCUUUCAAUAGGACUCUCUGGUCCUUAAUUGGGUCUGCCAUAGCUGUUGAGGCUAGAUCAAUGUACAAUUUGGGGCAAGCUGGGCUGACAUUCUGGGCACCCAAUAUCAAUAUCUUCAGGGACCCAAGAUGGGGCAGAGGUCAAGAGACCCCUGGGGAGGACCCCAUGGUUGCUUCUGCUUAUGCAAUUGAGUUUGUGAACGGCUUCCAAGGUGGGAAUUGGGGAAUUAGACAUGAUGGGUUUGGAGAGAGGAGAGUUUUGGAAGGUCAUGAUGGUGGGAGUGAUGAUGGUCUAAUGCUCUCUGCUUGUUGCAAGCAUUUCACUGCUUAUGAUUUGGAGUUGUGGGGGAAUUUCAGUAGAUAUAGCUUCAAUGCUGUGGUUUCAGAACAAGAUUUGGAGGAUACGUAUCAGCCACCUUUUCGUAGUUGUAUACAACAAGGUAAAGCUAGCUGCUUAAUGUGUUCUUACAAUGCAGUAAAUGGGGUUCCUGCUUGUGCACAGAAGGAUCUCUUGGACAAAGCUCGGAAUGAGUGGGGCUUCAAAGGAUAUAUCACCUCAGACUGCGAUGCUGUGGCCACAGUCUAUGAGUAUCAGCAUUACACAAAAAGUUCUGAAGAUGCAGUUGCUGAUGUUCUUAAAGCAGGGAAGGUGCAAGAGGAAGACAUAGACAAGGCUCUUCUCAAUCUUUUCUCAGUUCAACUCCGCCUUGGGCUGUUUGAUGGAGAUCCCAGAAAUGGGCAAUUUGGUAGUUUGGGACCUAAGGACGUCUGUACAUCAGAGCACAAGACUUUGGCACUUGAGGCGACAAGGCAGGGAAUUGUGCUUCUUAAAAAUGAUAAGAAGUUUUUGCCUUUAGAAAAAGGUGUUGAUUUCUCCUUGGCUGUUAUUGGUCCAUUGGCAAACAAUGCAAGUUUGAUGGGUGGGGGUUACACAGAUCUUCAGUUAUUGAAGAUUCCUCAGGCUUUGAUACCUGGUAGAGUCAUCAUAGGGAUUCCCUGCAGCUCAAAGGGUCUCUUUGAGGGUCUUCAAGAGUACACCAAAAGAGCAUCGUAUGCAGCUGGUUGCCUUGAUGUACCAUGUAAGUCUCGUGCUGGGUUCCGAGAAGCAAUUCAUACUGUCAAGAUGGCUGAUUUUGUUGUUAUAGUUGUUGGUCUUGAUUUGACGCAAGAAAGAGAAGAUCAUGACCGAGUUAGUCUUCUCUUACCCGGGAAACAAAUGGCCCUUGUAUCUUCUGUGGCAGCUGCAAGUAAAGAACCAGUGAUUCUAGUUCUUACUGGUUGUGGACCACUUGAUGUAACAUUUGCCAAAGAAGACCCGCGAAUCGCAAGUAUUCUUUGGAUUGGGUACCCUGGGGAAUCUGGCGGGAGAGCACUAGCAGAAGUCCUCUUUGGAGAUUUCAAUCCGGGUGGAAGGCUACCUAUGACUUGGUAUCCUGAGUCAUUCACCAAUAUACCGAUGAAUGAUAUGAACAUGAGGGCCGAUCCUUCUCAAGGUUAUCCGGGAAGAACCUACCGAUUUUACACAGGGAGCAGGCUGUAUGGAUUUGGAGAUGGCUUAAGCUACAGUAAGUUCACUUACAACAUCGUAUCAGCGCCAAAAAAGUUAAGGUUAUCAAGACCUCUCAAGGUUGAUUCCAGCAGAAACAUACUACACCAAGCAGGAGAUACACUUGAUUAUUUACACAUUGAUGAGGUGACAUCUUGUGAUUCCUUGAGAUUUUUUGUUGAAAUCACUGUGACGAAUAUAGGAGACAUGGAUGGAGGCCAUACUGUGAUGUUGUUCUCCAGAAUGACAAAAGUUGUCAAGGGUGCUCCAAAACAACAGCUGAUUGGAUUUAACCGUGUGCAUACUGGUUCGUACAAAUCUACUGCAACAAGCAUUCUAGUUGAUCCUUGCACACAUUUUAGCUUUGCAAAUGAUUAUGGGGAAUGGAUAUUGCCACUGGGUGAUCAUAAGUUAAUGGUAGGAGAUAUAGAACACAUUGUCUCAAUUGAAAUCAAUUGA